AUGAAGGUCAACACACCAACGACAUCCACAGCUGUUGCUGCUUCCGCCGCAAACACUAUGGCUAUGAAUCAACUAAUGAAUCAAUCCCGCCAGAAUUAUGACAACAUAUCGUCUGCGUCGUCUUCUAAUUACAAUGCAAACAGCAGUAACGAUUCUACUAUAGUGGGUUUACAUUACAAGAUCGGUAAGAAAAUCGGUGAAGGUUCCUUUGGUGUCAUUUUCGAAGGUGUUAAUAUGAUCAAUGGUGCCCCCGUAGCAAUCAAAUUUGAACCAAGAAAAACUGAAGCACCACAGUUGAAAGAUGAAUAUCGUACUUAUAAAAUACUAACGGGAUCUAAAAAUAUCCCCAUGGCUUACUAUUUUGGUCAAGAAGGUUUGCAUAAUAUAUUGGUUAUCGAUCUUUUAGGUCCCUCCUUAGAGGAUCUUUUUGAAUGGUGCGGUAGAAAAUUUUCCAUCAAGACAGUGGUUCAGGUUGCUGUGCAAAUGAUCUCUCUAUUGGAAGAGUUACAUAAUCAUGACCUAAUUUAUAGGGAUAUCAAGCCUGACAAUUUCUUAAUCGGCAGACCAGGUCAAUCUGAUGCUAAUGAAAUUCAUUUAAUUGAUCUCGGUAUGGCCAAACAGUACAGAGAUCCAAAGACUAAACAACAUAUUCCUUACCGUGAAAAGAAAUCUCUAAGCGGUACUGCACGUUACAUGUCAAUUAAUACUCAUUUAGGAAGAGAACAAAGUAGGAGAGAUGAUAUGGAAUCACUUGGUCAUGUAUUCUUUUAUUUCCUAAGAGGUCAACUACCUUGGCAAGGGCUAAAGGCUCCAAAUAAUAAAUUGAAAUAUGAAAAAAUUGGAGAGAAGAAAAGAUCGACAAACGUUUAUGAUCUAGCACAAGGUUUACCGGUUCAGUUUGGUCGUUACUUAGAAAUAGUAAGAAAUUUAUCAUUUGAUGAAACUCCUGAUUAUGAUGGAUAUAGAAAAUUGAUUUUCUCAGUAUUGGAUGAUCUAAACCUUGCACCAGAUGGUCAAUACGAUUGGAUGAAAUUAAAUGGUGGCCGUGGCUGGGAUCUAUCAAUUAAUAGAAAACCAAAUUUACACGGUUAUGGUCAUCCAACUCCACCAAAUGACAAGUCAAGAAAGCAUAGAACCAAUAAACAACUUCAACCAUUACAAGUACCACCAACACAGCAGCAACAAGCACCACUACCACAACCACCACAACCACCACAACCAUAUGAUAAGUUAGAUCCAAAUUCAUAUGAAGCUUAUCAACAACAGAUACAGCAAAGGUAUAUAAAGCAACAAAACCAAUUAAGAUUGAAACAACAACAGCAGCAAAUGCAACAACAGCAAUUACACGCGCAACAACAGCAACAACUUCAGCGCCAACAACAACAAUUACAACAGAAUAGAUACGUUAUGCAACAAGAUCCUACAAGACUACUAUCACAACAAGAGCAAGCUGCUCGUCAUGUUAAUAAUACUAACAAGAACUAUAAGCAAAAUAGCACUAACGACUCAGUUUCCGAAAAUCAAGGAUUUUUCAGUAAAUUUGCUUGCUGUUAA